CUCCGCACCAUAUGGAUCUCAGACACUCACAACACCGAUAUAUCCUCCUUGAUUCUACCCGGUGAUAUCCUCAUUCACGCAGGUGACCUUACCCAUUCCGGCACUCCUCGUGAGUUCCAAGACACUUUCGACUGGCUAGUCUCCAUUCUACGUGAGCACAAAAUCGUUAUAGUCGGUAAUCACGAUACGUACCUUCAAACGGACGAAGGCCAUUUAUUGGUUCACUCAUGGCGAGAGCAUGGCAUCAUCUAUCUGGAGGACGAGGUGCGCGGUUGCGCACUCGAAAUCUUUGGCAGCCCGUUCACUCCGCAGCACGGCAAUGGCGCUUUCCAAUACACACGUACGGAUACCACUGAUAGCACAAGUCGUUGGUCUAUCAUUCUUGACGACACCGAUAUUCUCAUCACUCACGGUCCUCCGUACGAUCAUCUCGACCUCUCUGGGCUUGGUUGCAAAGCCCUAGUGACGACUUCCCGAAACCGAACAGUCAGCGAUAUAUACUCCCUCGGCUGCAUCAUGUACAGGUAA